GACUAGAGUGGGGUGUUGCGCAACGCUUGAGUUUGGGUGUCGGCCGUGGCAGUGGAGCGUCCCGCGCCAGGAGACACCUGCAGACGCUACAGGUGAGACACAGGUGUGCACAGGUUUUCUCUGCAGUACUAGUAGUACAAAACAGAACACAUACGAGUGAUCACAGAGAACGUGUCGGCUUGUGAAGUGUUCACCAGGACAGACAAGAUGGCGGCUCCGUGUAACAGUCUGACGUUUGGGCUUCUGAUGGUCUCUGCACUGCUGCUACAAGCAUCAGCCACUACAGCAGCGACCACUAAAGCAACGACCACUACAGCAACGACCACUAAACCAGCGACCAUUACAGCAGAGACCACUACAGCAGAGACCACUACAGCAACGACCACUACAGCAGAGACCACUAAAGCAACGACCACUACAGCAACGACCACUAAAGCAGAGACCACUAAAGCAACGACCACUACAGCAACGACCACUACAGCAACGACCACUAAACCAACGACCACUACAGCAGAGACCACUAAAGCAACGACCACUACAGCAACGACCACUACAGAAGCGACCAAUACAGCAACGACCACUACAGCAACGACCACUACAGCAGCGACCACUACAGCAGAGACCACUAAAGCAGCGACCACUACAGCAACGACCACUACAGCAGAGACCACUAAAGCAACGACCACUAAACCAGCGACCACUACAGCAGAGACCACUAAAGCAACGACCACUACAGCAACGACCACUAAACCAGCGACCACUAAAGCAGAGACCACUACAGCAACGACAACUGCAGCAGAGACCACUAAAGCAACGACCACUACAGCAACGACCACCAAACCAGAGACCACUACAGCAAAGACCACUAAAGCAACGACCACUACAGCAACGACCACUAAACCAGCGACCACUAAAGCAACGACCACUACAGCAACGACCACUAAACCAGCGACCACUACAGCAGAGACCACUAAAGCAAUGACCACUGAAGCAACGACCACCAAACCAGUGACCACUACAGCAGAGACCACUAAAGCUACGACCACUACAGAAACGACCACUAAAGCAGAGACCACUAAAGCAACGACCACUACAGCAACGACCACUACAGCAACGACCACCAAACCAGCGACCACUACAGCAGAGACCACUAAAGCAAUGACCACUGAAGCAGCGACCACUACAGCAGAGACCACUAAAGCAAGUGACCACUACAGCAACGACCACCAAACCAGGCGACCGACUACAGCAGAGACCACUAAAGCAACGACCACUACAGCAACGACCACUAAACCAGCGACCACUACAGCAGAGACCACUAAAGCAAGACCACUACAGCAACGACCACUAAACCAGCGACCACUACAGCAGAGACCACUAAAGCAAUGGCCACUACAGCAACGACCACCAAACCAGCGACCACUACAGCAACGACCACUGAAGCAACGACCACUAGCAGAGACCACUAAAGCAACGACCACUACAGCAACGACCACUAAACCAGCGACCACUACAGCAGAGACCACUAAAGCAAUGACCACUACAGCAACGACCACUAAACCAGCGACCACUACAGCAGAGACCACUAAAGCAAUGGCCACUACAGCAACGACCACCAAACCAGCGACCACUACAGCAACGACCACUGAAGCAAUGACCACUACAGCAGAGACCACUAAAGCAACGACCACUACAGCAACGACCACUAAACCAGCGACCACUACAGCAGAGACCACUAAAGCAAUGACCACUGAAGCAACGACCACCAAACCAGCGACCACAACAGUAGCGACCACUAAAGCAACGACCACUACAGCAACGAUCACCAAACCAGCGACCACUACAGUAGAGACCACUACAGCAGCGACCACUAAAGCAACGACCACUACAGCAGUGAUCACUAAAGCAACGACCGCUACAGCAACGACCACUAAAGCAGCCACCACUACAGCAGAGACCAGUAAAGCAACAACCACUAAAGCAAUGACCACUAAUGCAAUGACCACUAAAGCAACAACCACUAAUGCACUGACCACUACAGCAGAGACCACUAAAGCAACGACCACUACAGCAGCGACUACAGCAGCGACCACCAAACCAGCAACCUCUACAGCAGCGACCACUAAAGCAAUGACCACUACAGCAGCGACCACUAAAGCAAUGACCACUGAAGCAGCGACCACUACAGCAGCGACCACCAAACCAGCAACCACUACAGCAGCGACCACUAAAGCAAUGACCACUACAGCAGAGACCACUAAAGCAAUGACCACUGAAGCAGCGACCACUACAGCAGAGACCACCAAACCAGCAACCACUACAGCAGCGACCACUAAAGCAAUGACCACUACAGCAGCGACCACCAUACCAGCGACCACUACAGCAGAGACGACUAAAGCAACGACGACUACAACAGCGACCACUAAACCAGCGGCCACUAUAGCAGCAACCACUAAAGCAACGACCAUACAGCAGUGACCACUAAAGCAACGACCACUACAGCA